AUGUCGCCGUCGUCUUCUGGCUCCACCAGGACGGCGCCAAAAUCCCGCGCGGAUUCAGGCAUUCAGCAUUUCAGUGAUCCAUGGCCCAAUCAACUCCGAGAGCCGGCAACUCUGUCCCUUGCGCUCAUGCUCAUCAGUUCAAAAGCUUUUAUGGCUCAAGGCACGGGCGUUCCGUCGUCGUCGUCGCUGCUUCCGUCAAUGGCGGCGUCGCGCCGAUCAUUGCUCCUGUUGCUGCUGCUGCUGGCGGCGUCGUGCGCCGCGCACCCGGCCCGCGGCGAGGGCCUGCUGACCGACGGCUUCACGGCGGUGGAGCUGACCGAGGCGCAGUUCAAGGUGCAGAAGCCCUACGACGUGCCGCUGGCCGAGCGCUACGAGCUCCUCGCCGGCGGCGUGCGCCGGAUGUGGGUCUACGCCGCCGACAAGCCCAUCACCGCCGCCCACCCCGGCGGCCCCCGCACCGAGAUCAAGAUUGAGCUGGUCUACAGCUCCGGGGUGUGGCAGUUCGAGGGCUACGGCUACAUCCCCUGCGGCACGUCGGGGGCGUCGGUGAUGCAGAUCUUCGGCGCGGCGGAGCACGCGACCACGCUGAUGCUGCACGUCUACGACGGCCGGCUGACCUACUACCACGACGUCGCCGCGGGGGUCGUCGACGCCGGCAUCUACGACCGGUGGUUCAGGCUCAACGUGAUCCACGACGUCGCGGCGUCCAACGUGACCGUCUUCGUCGACGGCGAGCGCCGGCUGACCGCGCCGGGGCGCGGCGGGGAUUCGCACUACUUCAAGUUCGGCGUGUACGGGCAGUCCAAUAACGGCAUGUCGUACCGGAUGGAGUCGCGGUGGAGGGACGUCAAGGUCUUCACCAAGUGCAGUUGAGAUUUGUGCAUGCGUCGACAGAAGUAUGCAUGUAUGUACACAUCAUCAUCAUCAUCAUCUCUCUCUCUGGUCAACUUUCUCUGAAUUUAUUCUCCAACUUAUCCUUAAUGCAUCUUUGAGUAGUACCCAUGUCGCUACCUUUUUGCCUUAGAUUUCUUGCCGCAUAAUUAUUUGCUUUGUUCGGCUGGCUGUGACUAAUAACUGGUGCUAAUUUAUUGUAAGCGAAAAAUAUUGCUGGCUGGUUACUGGC